AUGAAUCUCUUCGGCAACAAGAAUUCUGGCAUCAAGCCUGUUAGGGGGGUAGUCCGAACAAUUCGAGUCCAAAGUGAAGUGCAGCCGACAGCACUACCCUCUGCCCAGAGACCAAGACAUGAACCUCCUCAGAGAUCUCAGCAAUCACAAGCCACACCAGCUCGAGUGUCUCCUUCAUCUUCGACCGCCAGUCCUGCUCCGUCCUCAGAUCAGCACGCGUCCUCCCAUCUGCGACCUCCGAAGCGCAAGGCAGAUCAACGUGUUCAAAGUGACAGCGAUGACAAUGAAGAUGGCGGGGAUAAGAACGGCAUCUUUGGUAGGCCCUUCGACACAAACAAGUACAAGCGCCAGAAAAAUGAUCACCCUGUUGACUCCAGGAGGACUUUGCGCCGCAAGGAAGCUUUCUCUGAAGCUGAUGGUGGGGGGUUCAAGAUGAUCCAUGCUAUGGAUGCGGUUCCUAUUAACAAGGAUGGCUGCCCCAAAUCUUCUUUGAAGCGCUUUAAAGUGUUUUUGCAGUACCCGGGUGCCUCUCAGCUGGAAAGAUUUGAUCUCAUCCCUGGCAAAGACAAAAUUGAUUCAAUCAAAGAGAUCUGCGAAAUUGCCCAGAUUGUGCGGGAUGUUUACUUAACGGCCAGUCAAGCCAAAGCGUUUAGCAGUACCCUCCGUCCUCUGGAGGCAGCAAACAACGAAAUAGGAACAAAGGGGCUAGGCAAAGAGACGCUACAGAAAUUCGGAAUCGCAGUCGAGAAUUAUAACAAAGCGGUCAGAAGCCUUUUUAAGAAUGGUUCACUGGCCAAGAAUCUCGAAAAUUUGCAUGAUCUCCCAUAUAAUAUGAUCGAGUUCAUUCUAAGACAAGGCUACGAUCGAGCUGUCUCGCCCCAGGUUGACUUGUUACAAUUUUAUUCCGCAAAAGACAACACUUACGGCGAGCUCCUCUGUCCGUUCGUCAGCCGAGUCCUCGGCGAGACUGGGCUCAAGUCGGACCAAGUUUUCGUGGAUCUGGGCUCUGGCGUUGGAAGUGUCGUCUUGCAGGCCGCGCUGCAGUUCGGUUGUGAGAGCUGGGGCUGUGAGAUAAUGCCGAAGGCCUGUGAACUCGCAGAUAAGCAACUGGCUGAAUUUGCUGCCCGUUGCCGCCUCUGGGGACUCCAGACCGGCAAAGUUCAUCUUGAAAAAGGCGACUUUCUGGAAAACGAUGUGAUCAAAGCUGCGCUACGGAAAGCAGAUGUCGUUCUGGUGAACAACAAGGUUUUCAGUUCUGAAACCAACGAAGCGCUCCGGUAUCUGUUCUUGGACCUCAAAGAUGGAUGCCAUAUCGUCUCCUUGCAGUCAUUCGCCGUUGGGAAUGGGCGCAACGAGAACGAUUUGGCAAAUUUGAUUCAGAACAAGAUUACUGGUGUUUUCUUCGACAAGGAUAUUAGCUGGACGAACGGCACUGGUCAGUACUUCAUCGCCACGAAGGACCAAGGCCAUCUUGACAAAAUCAGCGCUGCGAGCAAGCUACGCUCGUGA